AUGUACAUUUCGACGGUGACCGAGUACGAAGAGAAGAAGGACAGUCAAAGCGCGGAAGAGGACGCAGAGCCAUGUCAGCUACCAAAAGGACAAACCUUAGAGAGGCAACCGAUAAUAUGGCAAAAUGUGAUUGGUAUCGCACUGCUUCAUUUCCUGGCCAUUUACGGCUUCGCGACCGGUUAUCGAGAUGGCAAGUUUUGGACGUGGAUUUGGACUAUAUGUUACGGAAUCUCCUGUGGCUACGGAAUAACAGCAGGGAUGCAUCGACUGUGGGCGCAUAGAAGUUACUCGGCCAAGACUCCUCUGCGAAUUUUUCUAGUCUGUUUAUAUUGCAUAGCCGGCCAGACGCGCACCUACAAUUGGAUACGAGACCACAGAACGCACCACAAGUACACGGAAACGGUCGCGGACCCGCACGACGCGACUCGUGGAUUUUUCUUCUCCCACGUGGGUUGGUUGAUGGUUAAACGACACCCGGCCGUGAAGAAAUAUGGCAGCAAAAUUGACAUGAGCGACAUCCGUGCGGAUCCUGUACUGCAAUUCGUCGACAAGUAUUUCGAGAUCAUUAUGUUGUCGUUGUGCUUCUUCGUGCCUAUACUGGUGCCAAUUUACGGAUGGGGCGAAGCGUGGCACUUAAGCUUCUACGCUACGGUGAUUCGUUACGUUUGGUCGUUGCACGCCACUUUUACAGUGAACAGUGUCGCUCACAUGUGGGGGAAUCGACCGUACAACAGGACGGUCAAGCCUACGGAGAACGCGAUCGUGUCUUACUUCGCUUUAGGCGAAGGCUGGCACAAUUACCAUCAUUCUUUCCCGUGGGAUUACAAGACUGCAGAAUUGGGAGCGUACAGCCUGAAUCCCACCGCGGCUUUUAUAGAAUUUAUGGCGUAUUUAGGGUUGGCCUAUGAUCUGAAAACGACGAGGAAGGAGCUGGUCGAUCGUACGGUUCUGAAGAAAGGGGACGGGACCGACAGCCUUUGGGGCUACAAGAGACACAGAAACGUUUUGGAAAAACAAUGA